CUUCCGGGAGCUGCGGUCGGGUGGCUGACGUGGAGGCACCCAAAGGGAAACCGGGAGUGGCAGGGCCCGGUAAUCUGGCGUCGUAGCCAGAGGUCUGAAGGAUGCUCACCAAAUUCGAGACCAAGAGCGCGCGGGUCAAAGGACUCAGUUUUCAUCCCAAAAGACCCUGGAUCCUGACCAGUUUACACAAUGGGGUCAUCCAGUUGUGGGACUAUCGGAUGUGCACCCUUAUUGACAAGUUUGAUGAACAUGAUGGUCCAGUGAGAGGCAUUGACUUCCAUAAGCAGCAGCCACUGUUUGUCUCUGGAGGCGAUGACUAUAAGAUUAAGGUUUGGAAUUACAAACUGCGGCGAUGUCUUUUUACAUUGCUUGGUCACUUGGAUUAUAUUCGCACAACAUUUUUUCAUCAUGAGUAUCCUUGGAUUCUCAGUGCCUCAGAUGAUCAGACCAUUCGCGUAUGGAACUGGCAGUCCAGAACCUGUGUCUGUGUGUUAACGGGCCACAACCAUUAUGUAAUGUGUGCUCAGUUCCACCCCUCAGAAGACCUGGUUGUAUCAGCUAGCCUGGACCAGACUGUACGCGUUUGGGAUAUUUCUGGUCUAAGGAAAAAAAACUUGUCUCCUGGAGCAGUGGAGUCGGAUGUGAGAGGAAUAACUGGGGUUGAUCUAUUUGGAACUACGGAUGCGGUGGUGAAGCACGUACUAGAGGUACCUAUUUCUACAGCCAGUGGAUGGUAUGGGCUGAAUUGUAAUAGAAAGUCUCAACAUGUUGUCCAUUUUUUCAUUCCUUUAACAAAUAUUUAUUAAGUGCCAGGGACUAUUUGCGGCAUAGGGAAUAGAGCUGUGAA